AUGGCAGUGAUGGGCUCAGAAUCACAAUCAUUGGUUAAGGAUGGUGGUGAUGCUUUCGCUGGUGUUGGUGGUGGGGAUGAUGAUGGUGAUAAUGAUGAUAUUGGUGAUAAAGAUGAUGAUGAUGAUGGUGGGUUGUAUGAAAACAACUCUGCUCAAAACCAAACUGACAUUCUCGUGACCAUUGUUAAUAACCUCAUCACUGGCCAGGUCGGGGGCAGAGGAGGAAAGAGCCGGCUCACGUUGGGUAUGUCCGCCGCUGCCGAGUUCCGGAACCACUUGACGGACUUCAGCGAGCAUUACGCACAGCUUGGGCCCGCCAGCCACGAUAACCCGCCAGACGACGGACGACUGAAAAGUGAAGUGAUCGUUAAAGAGAACAGACGGUAUUACCUUGACCUCAAAGAAAACUCACGAGGGCGCUUUUUAAAAGUGUCACAAACAGUGAACAGAGGAGGUCCCAGAACACAGAUCGCCGUGCCUGCCCAGGGUCUUGUUGAAUUCAAAAACGCCCUCACAGAGUUACUAGAUGAAUUUGGAGUGGAUAGCACAGAGGAAGGUCAAGGAAACGUCCCAGAGAGUAGAUCAUUUAGGGUUGAAAAUAAAAAUUUCUACUUUGACAUCGGACAGAACUUCCGUGGAGUUUACAUGAGAAUCAGUGAAGUACAGCCUCGAAAUCAAUUCCGCACAUCCGUCACGAUUCCGGAGCGAUCCUGGGCCCGUUUCCGAGACAUCUUCACAGAGUACGUCGACAGGAUGAAAGAGAUUAGAGCACCCGAAGGAGGAGGUCAAGGGGACGAGGGAGAUUAGGAUAAUCCAACACUCACCUUAAUCCCCUCAGAAUCCUCAUCCCCUCAACAGAAGAAAAAAAAGAAAAAAAAAGAAACAGACUCUAUACCCUCUGCCUCAAGAAGACUGGAAAAUGACGAAAAAAAGGAGAAAAAAAUGGAGACAAGAAUUCUUUGACAGAUGAUUAUUACAUAACAGUGUGUGUAUUCAUGGCUUGGGAAAAAACAACAACAACAACAUGAGAUGGAUAUAUGUGUGGGAGAGACAGUUGUGAUAUAUAAAAAAAAAUAAUAAUUUAUAUAAAUCUAAAGAUUUUAUCAUAUUGAAAUGGAUUUUUUGUAUCAAUGAAAUUGAGGAAUGAUUUUUUUUUUGCAAGUGUGUUGGUUCAAUAGAGAAGGUAUUGAAACAAUGUAUUUGUUACAAUAAACCACAAAAAAAUUGAAAAAGUUAAGUUUAUGAAUUCCAAAUAUGUGUAUGCGGACACAGCUAAAGGUUCUUUUUUGUUUUGUUUUGUGAACACAUCGCCAUGACAAUAAUUGUAAGUCUCGGUAGGUGAGAAAAGGAUCCAUAAAACUAAAUUUUGAGCCAAUUGUCCAGAAAAAUAUUAAUCAUAUUUACUCAUGAUUUGGAUAUCACUGCUCACAUUAAAAAAAAAUCUAACUUGACUCUCCCAAACUGAUUGCCCACUUGAAAAUUUAGUAAAGUGAAAUGGGUCUUUGUUAGAGUUUACCUCUGAACCAAACACAAAAUGUUUCAAAUUCAUGCCCGCUAAUAGAAAAAAAAUCACGAUUGAUAUCAAUUGUAUGACACAAUAUGCUUGCGUGAUAAAAACUGAGCAAAGAAGCUGAAAGAAAUAGGUUUUCAGCAAUGCUUUUGUAAUAAUUUGAUUUUAACCAUGUAUAAGAAAAUGUUUUAAGGUAUUGGAGUUAAUUUGCAGAGGUACAAUGAGCCAUUUGAAAAGAAAAUAAAUAACAGGACAAGGGGGGGGGGGCGGUUCAAGGCUUGAAAGGGCACAACGUGACAAGGAUUCAAUUGCACCGACCUAGGACAGAAAAAACUGACCGUGGGAUAAAACUGGCAUCCGGAUUGUUCAUGCUGCCACGCAGGAUGGGGAUACAUUGAAGGAGGGGAUGGAUUACAGGUGGAGGACAGAAUUGCCCACGACACGGAUAUACGGAUGGUGAGACCGCUUCAGACGGAGUUCCUUUUUACGGAAAAAUGUGUAGAGUUUACAGCCUGUGUGAUUGCAUAUAACAAAAUAGAGCUAUUUAAUAAUUUGAUGAAAAAAGAGGAACGAUGUAAAAAAGAAUGAGAGAGACAUUUGUACAUGUGUUUAUGAUAGAGAGCCUUUUCUAACAUCAGAAUUUUGAGUUUUCUUUUCUCUAUUUUUCUGGAUAUCUGGUUCCUGUUUCUCUUUUAUAGUGACUGAAUCAGACUUGAUUACUUUUUAUAACAGGGGCAAGCGUACUAUUGAAUUAAUGUAAAUUUAGUGCAGGGGCCUGUUUCACAAAACUUGUUAUGAUAACAAGUUUGUAAUAACAGUUAAAAGCUACUGAAUUCCUUCAUUCUGAUUGUAAACUUGUUACAGAGAUUGUGCAUUUGUUAUUAUAACAAGUCUGUAUGAAACAGUAUUGUGAUCUGUUCCGGCUUGUUCAUACAAUCUUCCUUGCCUAUAUGUGGUAUUCAAUACCUGUCAGCUUUGUCUAAAAGGCAUCAAUUUUGUGAUUUUUUACUUUCAAUUAAGUGAAGGAGGUGAAUACUUCAUCAGUCUUCUGUACAAUUCACAUUGGAUCACAGAAUUAGGAAAUAUGAAAAUAAUUUUUAAAAAUCAGGAAAAGAAAUGAAAUCAUUUGAAAUUGUUCACUAUUACUCCAUGCAAUUACUCACGGGUCAACAACUUAUUUCAAUCUUACGCUUGCCCCUUGACAAGCAUGUAUAAAAUUGCCAGAAAUGUUUGACAAAUCUCGGCCUUCACAGUGUAGAGAGAGAGAAAAAAAUUCUGAGAUAAAUAAAUCUUAAGAGAGUUAUAUUUACAUUUUUCACUUGUGUCAAGCUUAUAUAUAUAUGAAUAUUUGAUAUUUUGUCUUAUUUUUUUUCUCUGUUAAACAUAGAAUUCUGCACAUUUCUUUUUAAUCCUGUCUACAGGAGCCCCCUGUAUUCGGGAGAUGCCUCAUAGAGUUAUUUAUAUAAUCAUAGAGAGUGCUUUUUGUGUUGUGAUGACCAACAAGGUGUUCCAAACCAUUGAGAGGAAGAGAGAAAUAUAUCUCCCGAUCUAAUGUAUAGUGUUGGUUUGUUUAGCUAGCGAGUUCACCGUUGCCCCCACGUAGCCCUAUAAACGUAUGGAUUAGAUCUGUAGUGGUAUAUAUAGAGAAAGAAAUUGGCAGCCAUUUUGCUCCUCCUUCCUUAUUGUUUUGCAAUUACAGUGUAAGCGGUGAGGGCCACUGGCAGCCAUUUUGGUACACCCAUCUUCAUUGACUUGAAUUAAUGUUUAUUUACAGCCAUUGUCGACCCUAAUGAUUCUUACUCAUGCUUCAUAUCAGUCUUUUCAGCUUUUUAUAGAGAAGAAUGAAUUCCACUAACUUUUAUUCUUGGUGGCCCUAUCAGUCCAUCAAAAUCAUCAAUUUUAUUUUUUUGCUGGCCUGAAAAGCAAAUUUGGUGGCCCUAAAAAAGUAGAAGACAUUACAAUUUAUCAAAACUUUGGUAGCCCGACCGGGACACCAAGUGUGGUCUUUUGCAGAAUUUUGUUGGCCUGACUCUCAUUUUUGGUUGCCCCGGGCCACUGCUAAUGUUGAGCCUGCUUUACAAGACUCUGUACAUGCAUCUAAACAAAGCAUAUUCUUAUUGAUGCCCGUAAUAUUGUGAUUAAAACUUAUUUAAAGCCAAUCCAUAUAAGAGAAAUAUCAGUGAGAAAAUUCUUGUCAAAAGCAGUAAUUUAAAAGGGCUUGUAUUUUCAAACCAAGCUCAUUCAUCUUGUUUAAUCUUUGGAUUAUGAAGUCAUAGAUGUGAAUGGUUUCAAAGAGCAGGUGAACAUUUGUGAGAUGAUUAGGAGCUGUAACUAAUGUUAGAUUACCCAGGGAAUUAAGAAACUGGGAUUUUACAGAGCAGAUUGAGAAAAAGGUGAGGAUGUUUGAUCUUGGAAGUAGUGAUUCCGGGAAGAAAGAGAAAGGAAUUAUAGUAAUCUCAUGUUUGGUAGUAGAUUUGUGUAUUAUUUAUGCUUGCUUGUUUCUUGUUCCAUUUUGUUUGUUUAGAAAACAGCACAAUCUAACUUCAAAUGAUAAUAAUGGAAAUAACAUGAAUGAUGGAUGGGGGGGGGGACCAGCAGGGAUGUUUGUUUUAUCCUUUUUUUUUUUUUUUAUUGGUUAUAUUGCCAAUUACCUGUCAAAUGCAGUGUCGUUUUUCCUUUUCUCAUAACAAUCUGAAGAAUUCUAUAUAAUUAUACUGGUCAAUCUGUUCAAAUAUUUUGGAACCAAAGAAAUCUCUCAAGCAUAGCGUAUGUUCACAUUUUGUUCACAUUUCUGGUCUGAAAAAAAUAUUUUGAUCUUGACGAUUAUUCAGCUUCCAGUCUAAGUAUUAAGGUUACUGUUUAGUUUGGCACUAUUUCCACAAAUCAUCAGAAGGGAAAAAAAGACAUGUUUGAGGAUCAAUGAUUUUGAAGUUCAGUGCUUUGGGGCUAAUUUAUGCCCUUCAAUAUGUAGCUUUCAAUUGUUCAUUCAAUGAAGAAAAGGAGAGAGAGAGAACAUAAAGUCCCCUCCCCCCAUCCUAUUCAUUUGGUGAUUUCAAGUUCAGUUGUGACCUUUUGGUGUUAGGUCAAUUUUUACACGAUUAUAACACCAAACAUAAAAUGAAGAUGGUUCUGAAAAGUCACUGACUGGUGGCUGAGAUGUCAAUACUGUGAUCUGGAUCAGUUUUUACAAACUCUGAAUAAGUUUUGAAGCUAGUGGAAGCAAUUCAAAUUUCAACACCAAGGCCAAUACCGGACUUGAAAUCACCCAUUGGGUUGAUCUCAUCAUGGCAUGGACUGUACAGAUUGAAGUAGGGAUAUAACAUAUUACUAUAAAUUUUCAAGUCCACUGGUUUUAUUUCCUUCAAUUAAUCCACAGAAAGUUAAACUAGGCCUAGAGAAUGAAGCAGAUUCUGUUGCUAUUUCCUUUUCUAUAUUUUAUUUAUUUUUGUGAAAGUGAGAAUGUUGAAGUGAUAUUUACCACCAAAAAAAGAAAGAAAAAAAAAAUG